GUAUUCGAGAUAGAUGAAUCGUCAUGAAGUCGUAUGUACCUACUACAUCAGGAUUCCUGAUGUCCCUCCUGACGUUCUUCCUGAUGUUCCUCUUGGUCCACACCAGUGCCAAGUGUCCGGUGGCCAUGCGUUUCUCUUGCUCGCCCUUUCAACUCCCCAGAGGAGCUGUCUUCCUCUACAACUCCAAAAGGUUCAGUCGCCACUGCGACGACUACGCCCGCGGCAUCCACGACUACGCCCGCGGCAUCCACGACCACGCCCGCGGCAUCCACGACCACGCCCGCGGCAUCCACGACCACGCCCGCGGCAUCCACGACCACGCCCGCGGCAUCCACGACUACGCCCGCAGUAUCCACGACUUCUGUCGUCCCGCCGUCCACGUGUUCCACUUCCCAGAGCCUGACCUAUGGGCAGUCUCAGACGUUGACCCAACAGAACUACAUCUUCCCUCGCGUUUGCAGUUGGAAAUUCACGGUAAGCAGUCGUGUCCGUCAAGCAUGAAUUUAAAAUGCUCGCCCUUCCAACUCCCCAAUCGUGCUGUAUUCCUCUACAAUUCCAAACGGUCCUCUUCCUACGACAUCCACUACAACGACAUCCACAACGACGGCUCCGCCGUAUACAUGUUCCAGUUCCCAGAACUUGCUCAUCGGGCAGUCUAAGGGGUUGACCGAGCAGAACUACGUAUUCCCCCGCAUUUGCAGCUGGAGAUACUAUUGUCCGACGACCAUGUAUUUCCAGUGCUCGUCCAUGAAUCUCCCCAGUGGUGCUAUAUUCCACUACAAUUCCAAACGGGGUGACGCGAGCACUCUGCAGAACCCGGUGAGCGUGGGCAGGAGUCUGACCGUCGCCUACUUUUGCAACUAUAAACCCGGCUCCCGCUUCACUUGCACGAUCUCCUGCGGGACAAGAAUUACAACCAAUGCUCCUGCGACCACACCUAGUAUCACAACCUCUAGCAACACCGCCUCCGGCACCACCGACACCGCCACCACCGCCUCCGGCACCACCGCCUCCGGCACCACCGCCUCCGGCACCACCGACACCGCCACCACCGCCUCCGGCACCACCGCCUCCGGCACCACCGCCUCCGGCACCACCGAC